CCAACACCCAACCCCUUCUUGUCAAUGGCGCAAAGAGUUGCAUAGAAACUUUGAAGUUGCGGCUCAGAGUGUAUUGCGCUUGUCCGUGUGCUUUUCAGCCCAAGAAGAAGGCCUGACAGCAGAAGAUGCAACAGCCCGGCCAACAACACUGUAAUUGCAGCGACUGUGCACGCCGUGCUGCCUUAUCAGGGGGAGCUCCCAGAAUGAGUCAGGCACAAAUGCAGAUGGCGCCAGGUACGAUGGUGCAACAACCAGGCCAACAAUGCAAUUACAGCGACUAUGCGCGACAUGCUGCCUCAUCAGCGAUCUCUCCCAGAAUGAACCAGGCAAAGUUUUGGAAGAGUAGGUGAAGAGUGGAGCAAAGCAAGGAAUAUGAACGUCAUAGAAUCGCAUAUGCAAGUUCAUGACAUGAGUGAAAAUAAGAGUAAACAUGCACAAAUGGAGAUGCCAACACAAGGUAUGAUGAUGCAACAGCCAGGCCAACAGCUGAUGCAACAGCCAGGCUUGGCAGGGCAACAACACUGCAAUUGCAGUGACUGUGCACGACGUGCUGCUUCAUCAGCAGGAGCUCGAAGAAUGAGUCAGGCACAAAUGGAGAUGCCAACACAAGGUAUGAUGAUGCAACAGCCAGGCCCGCCAGGGCAACAACACUGCAAUUGCAGUGACUGUGCACGACGUGCUGCUUCAUCAGCAGGAGCUCGAAGAGUGAGUCAGGCACAAAUGGAGAUGCCAACACAAGGUAUGAUGAUGCAACAGCCAGGCCCGCCAGGGCAACAACACUGCAAUUGCAGUGACUGUGCACGACGUGCUGCUUCAUCAGCAGGAGCUCGAAGAAUGAGUCAGGUUUUGGCGCCUGAAGAGCGCGGCGAGCGGGUCGGGCAGCCUUCAAUUGGACGCCGAAGCAGCUCUCCACAAAUUUCGGCGAUGGCACAACCAUAUUCACCGUAUGCACCUCUCCAGUCACAUCGUUCACCGGAAGCUCGUGAAGCUCGCCGCGACUAUUUUGGAGAUACGGUUGGCAAAAAGCUGAUUGACAGUUAUUUGCAGCCGAUCGGAUCCUUUGAUGGUGAGAUGCUCGCACGGAGCGAGGCAGGUUCAAGACGCAGAACCUCAAGUUUCGAUGCUUGCUUCGACCGCGCUGGACAGGAACGCCUGGCCAAGUUGAUGGAGAAACAACGGCGACCCCUUCCACAAGACUUUAUGCAACUUGAUGGUGUUCCUGGCCAAAGGCCAUAUCAUUCUUUGCAGAGCUCUCCUUUCAGGUCCGACGCGAAGGACAUGCCGCCCACGUUGCUGCAAAACCCACGUGCCGUUCAAGCGCAAUGUGGGUGCGCUGACUGCCAACGGCAUGUCAGCGCCAUGGGAUCUUUCGGAGACCAAGGCCUUCGAGGCAUGCCACGGGAAGGCGUGCCACUUGUUCAAGGUCUACGAUGAAAAUGGGUUUUGCGAGGCUUGCUAAAGGCAACUGCCUGAGCAGACUUAUACAAUCUCUGGAAAAUCAGAGGCCACAAUUCAUCCCCAAAGCGGGGAUGGCGACAGGAGUAGCAAAGGGCUGCAGAACUCAAGAAUAUGGUC